AUGUUGGAUCUUAAUCUCAACUUCCUUAACGAAGAGGAGACAACGGCGUUUCGAGAUGUGGAGGAAUCAGGCACCUCUAAUUCAUCUGUGUUGAAUGCGGAUUGUGUUACUUCGAGUAAUGCUGGAGACGGCGACGAUGACUCCAGCUCCGCUGGCGGCGCUGGUGAAAGCUUCUCCUGCUUCAAUUUUGACAUCUUAAAAGUUGGAGAUGCUGGUGUUCAGUCUGGCAACAACUACGACGAGGAUCGGAGGAGCCAGGUUGUGACUCAGUCCGAGUUCGUGACUCGGCAUCUGUUUCCAGUGGGUCAUGGAGGCGGAGGUGGAGGUGGAGGCGGAGGCGGAGGCGGAGACGAACCAGGAAGGUUGAAUCAGGCACAGCAGGCUAACUCAUUGUUGCUGUGCCCUAACACUAACGAAUUGCAAGAGAUGAGAUUGGUUCAAGUACAGCAACAGAAGGCCACGGUACAACCAAAUCCGGUGGGUAAGAAGAGUCGGAGGGGACCAAGGUCAAGAAGCUCACAAUACAGAGGAGUUACCUUCUAUCGAAGAACUGGUAGAUGGGAGUCUCAUAUCUGGGAUUGUGGGAAACAAGUUUAUUUAGGGGGAUUCGACACAGCUCAUGCUGCAGCUAGAGCCUACGAUCGAGCUGCCAUAAAAUUUCGGGGUGUUGACGCAGACAUCAAUUUUAAUCUCAGUGAUUAUGAGGAGGACAUGAAGCAGAUGAAGAACUUCUCAAAAGAAGAAUUUGUGCACAUACUACGACGGCAGAGCACAGGGUUUUCAAGGGGAAGUUCAAAGUACAGAGGGGUGACAUUGCACAAAUGUGGCAGAUGGGAAGCUCGAAUGGGGCAGUUUUUAGGCAAAAAGUAUAUAUAUCUUGGGCUAUUCGACAGUGAAGCUGACGCCGCAAGGGCUUACGACAAGGCAGCCAUCGAGUGUAAUGGAAGAGAAGCCGUUACCAACUUCGAGGCCAGUACUUAUGAAGGGAACACGCUUCCUGCACCUCGUCAUGGAAGCGAGCAUGAUCUGAAUCUAAGAUUGGGAAUUUCAACCCCUUCUCUUGGAGAGGGGUCAAGUAGAAAUGAGAAUUUAGAGCAAACCCAUUUGAAUUAUGUGCACGACACUCGGAGAUUACAGUUGGAGAACCCUGUUUCAACCACAGUAGGCAUUACAGCUCUUAAAGGACUACCCUUAACUUCAGGACACCCUACACCAUGGAAUGGUGUAUACCCUACCUUCGUUCCCAACUAUGAGGGAAGUGCAACAAACACUAGGACCAUAGCAGGCUCGUCGCAAGGACCGCCCAACUGGGCUUGGCAACUGCAUGGUCAUAAUCACAUCCCAACAGCAGCAUCAUCAGGAUUCUCAGCUCCGGCAGCCACUACUGCUGUCAUGACUUCCGGCAGCCAUUACUCAAGAGAUACCAUCUCAAUGGCGGCUCUCAACAGCCAUUAUUCUCCGGCCACCACUGCCACAAGCUCUUCCCAAUACUACUACCAGAUAAGGCCACCACCACCACCACCUCCUCCUCCUUAAUUUCGUAAUCCAAAACAUUGACCGAUUGAAUUGUUUAUUUUUCGCGUAGUGAUUGCUAAUAUUGCCAAAUAUAUGGCUUGCUUCUUUUGGUAGGGGCCAUAAUGUAUGUGUUUUUGUGUGCAAGAGAUAAUGAAUCAAUGAGUACCACGUUUGCUACUAACGCGAUAAUAUUGCU